AUGUCGCUUGGCAUGUUCACGGCGUGGAACGCGCCGGUGAUGCCGCGCCUGCAGCAGAACACGUCGCACAUCGUGCUGACGGCGGACGAGGCGUCGUGGGUGAGCUCGGUGGGGCCGCUGGUGGGCAUCGCGACCAACCUGCUGAGCGGCACCCUGGUGGGGCUGGUGGGCCCUCGCUGGCUCCUGCUGGCCGCCGCGGCGCCCUACUUCGCUGCUCCGCUGUGGCAGAGGUUCGCCACCAGCUUUGGCGAGCUGCUGGCCACCACCUCCAUCGUGGGCCUCGGGACCGGGAUCGUCAUACCUGUGAGCCCGCAGUACCUGGUGGAGAUAGCAGACGUUCGUGUGCGCGGACUCAUGGUCUCCAUCUGCAUGGUCAUGAUGGGCGCAGGCGGCAUCCUCGUAAGCUGCGUAGCGCCCUACGUCAGUUUCUUCGAGCUAUGCUACUUCAUGAUGGCGUUCCCAGCGCUGUUCGUGAUGACCUUCUGGUGGAUGCCCGACAGCCCAUACUACCUGGUGUCGAAAGGCCGCACGGAGGAGGCGACGGAGGCACUGAUGCGGCUGCGCGCGAAGGGCUCCGCCAAAGAGGUGGAGGGCGAGCUGCAGCAGAUCCUGCGCUCUGCAGAGCAGCGCGACCAAAAGGGUGGCAGCGGCACCGCAGAGGCCUUCCGGGAGUUGCGGCGCAGCGCUGCGGCCAGGAGGGCGCUGCUGGUGGUUCUCGUGCUGUCUGGGCUGAACAUCUUCUGCGGCAGCGCCACCCUGGCUGUGAACGCGACGCAGAUCUUCCUGUGGAGCGGCAGCUCCAUAGACUCGGACGUGUCCACCAUCAUCGUCAACAGCAUCCAGACGGUGUCGUCGCUGGCGGCGUCUCUGCUGGUGGACCGGCUGGGCCGGCGGCCGCUGCUGCUCGUCUCCUUCCUCGUGUCGUCCGCCUCCCUGGUCGCCGAGGGCUCCUACUUCUACCUCAGGGAGCACGCCUCCAGUGACGUCACCGACACCCUGGGCUGGCUGCCGCUCACCGCCCUCAUCUGCUUCUACGUGGCUUACAACGUGGGGGCAAACCCGCUGGUGUGGACUGUGGUGAGCGAGGUGGUGCCUGCCUCGAUCCGCGGUCUCGCCAACUCGGUGGUGGCCGUCUGGACGUCGCUGCUCACCUUCGCCUGCAUCAAGCUCUUCCAGGUCGUCUCCUCGGCGCUCGGCACCUACAUCCCUUUCUGGUUCUUCGGCGCGUGCGCCUUUGCGGACUUCGUGUUCACGUUCUUUUUCAUUCCUGAGACAAAGGGCCGUACGCUGGAAGACAUCGGUGCCGAAAUGAGGGACAAGUUAGUGGGCACUGAAUCGAAAGACUGCGAGAAAUCGGUCGCUCGAUAA